GCCAGUGUGACAGCGCCGUGGCCGUGGCCGUGGCCGUGGGGCGCGCGGGGGCCGCCCGGGGUGCCCGCUCCACUCAGCGUCGCGGCCGCGUGGCCCGGCGGAGCCCCGAGACCACCCCCGGGCGGGGCGCCGCCGCGAUGUCGGUGGCGGGGCUCAAGAAGCAGUUCCACAAAGCCAGCCAGCUCUUUAGUGAAAAAAUAAGUGGUGCCGAAGGAACGAAGCUAGAUGAAGAAUUUCUGGACAUGGAAAAGAAAAUAGACAUCACCAGUAAAGCUGUUGCAGAAAUUCUUUCAAAAGCCACAGAAUACCUCCAGCCCAAUCCAGCAUACAGAGCUAAGCUAGGAAUGCUGAACACUAUGUCGAAACUCCGAGGGCAGGUGAAGGCCACCGGCUACCCACAGACGGAAGGCUUGCUGGGGGACUGCAUGCUGAAGUAUGGCAAGGAGCUUGGAGAAGACUCUGCUUUUGGCAAUGCACUGGUAGACGUUGGUGAGGCUAUGAAGCUUAUGGCUGAGGUGAAAGACUCCCUGGAUAUUAAUGUGAAGCAAACUUUUAUUGACCCGCUGCAGCUACUGCAAGACAAAGAUUUAAAAGAGAUUGGGCACCAUUUGAGAAAGCUGGAAGGCCGCCGCCUGGAUUAUGAUUAUAAAAAGAGGCGAGUAGGUAAGAUUCCCGACGAGGAGAUCAAACAAGCAGUAGAAAAGUUUGAAGACUCAAAGGAGUUGGCCGAAAGAAGCAUGUUUAAUUUUUUAGAAAAUGAUGUAGAGCAAGUCAGCCAGCUGGCCGUGUUUGUAGAGGCGACAUUAGACUAUCACAGGCAGUCCACAGAGAUCCUCCAGGACCUGCAGAACAAGCUAGAGCUACGAAUAGCUUAUGCGUCCAAAGUCCCCAAGCGAGAAUAUCUGUCAAAGCCUGUGAACACGAGUUCCGGCGACAUCAAUGGGGUCACCACCAGUUCCUCAUCAAAGAUAACAGGUACUCCCAUUUCCGCGGACCAGCCCUGCUGUCGUGGUCUCUAUGACUUUGAGCCAGAAAACCAAGGAGAAUUAGGAUUUAAAGAAGGGGACAUCAUUACAUUAACCAGUCAGAUAGAUGAAAACUGGUAUGAAGGAAUGCUACGUGGGGAAUCUGGCUUCUUCCCCAUUAAUUAUGUGGAAGUCAUUGUGCCUUUACCUCGGUAAAUGUGUCUUUUGGACCUAAUUUCUUAACUGAAUGAAUUCGCACCAGUGUUCUCUCAGUGUGGCGCUCUGUGACAUCCUCGCUCUCUGGCCCACCUAAUCACUUUUGUAUGUGUGUUUUCUUUAUAAUGUAUUUUGUAUCAAUUUAAUUUGUAUAACUGAUUUCUUUGUUCUAACUCAUAAAGAUAGUUUUCUUCUUGUUCUAAGUAGUCAUUGGUUCAAUGUAUUUGCUUCUUGUUGCUAAAAAAUGUAAAUUGCGCCCAUUGCAGCUCUCUGAACAAAUGGCCUGUGUAGUCCUUCGCUGGGGUGGAAGGUCCCCUUUGUAGCUAAGAAAGCUAAAGAUUUUUUUUCUUGACGUUAUUGAUGGCAUCCAGUUUUUUCCUGUUUUAAGCUUACCUGUCUUACCUGUGAACAGCCCAAUAAACAUGAUGCACUGUGUUCAUAAAAGACUAUGGUUAUUCUUAAUGCUAAAUUGCCUUUUUAAGCAUCUUUUCAGCACAAAUCCCUGGCUGACCUGGGGUCCCAGGCUGGGGGUCCUUAGAUGGCUGCCGAUCAAUGUCAGCAGGUGGGGAUAUGGUCCUUUAUUAGCCACUGAUUUAAACAUGGUACAGCCCCUUCUUAGCCCAAGCCUACAAAACCUUUCUGCCUACUGUUAGGCUUGUAAAACAUCUCAACUCAAGCAUUGUCUGCUGUCACAUGUAGGCAGAUAGGUUUUCAGACAGUCCCGUUGUGAUUGCUGCAGGAUUGCAUGGGCAGAGCGUCCAAGAACUCAGGUUUACAGAACCAGCCCUGGACUUGCCCCAAGCAUGACCUUGUCAUGUGCUGUCUCUCAGCAGAGUCCUAAGCAACCCCCACCACACACAGAAGAGGCGGUUCCUGCUCCCCUUUGCAGAGAAGGGUGUCAUGAAUGGCAGGAGGGGAGGUCACGUAGUGGCAGAAGCAGAGUUCUGAUAGUGUCAUGGACGCUGGCACACAAGUGUUUGUCAGUCACUGUUGAUCACUGGCGUUUGUCAUAGAAGCCCAGGGGCCAGAUGGGUCACCUGAAAAAGGUAACCUAAGUUGGCUUUCCGUAGUCUUCUGAGCUGGCUUUCCUAACAGGUUUGUGUGUGUGUGUGUGUGUGUGUGUGUGUGUGUGUGUGUGGCUACAUGCACACAAAUUUGCACGUAUGUACACACACACACACACACACACACACACACACACACACCCCUUGUACAUUAGGUGUUUAUGGGAAAUGGUAAUUCUUAACAUUUACUCAAUGUUUGUUAUAUGCCAGGUGCUGCUCUAAGCAUUUUCCAUGAAACCCUCACGCACUAUCCUUUGAGAUCAAUCUGAUGCCCAUCCUUCAAACACUAGGAUUGUGCCACAGAAAGGCCAUGUCACUUUUCCAGUCACACAGUUAAAUGUCAGAGCUGGAAUUUUAAUUCACAGUCUUCUCCCAUGCCCUUGGCCUUCACUUUUCUAGAAUAACUCUCAUUACAUCUUUUCUUUUUGUAAAUUCACAAACUAGCCUGUUUUUAUACCUGAUUUUUAUUCUUCAUUUGCUGUAUUAAAAUUUUACCAGUAAGAAGUCCAGGGCCAUUCUUGAUGCUUAUAAUUUACUUUGAUAACUCAUUUAGGGAAAAUAAGCAGUAAUUGAAGUUAAUUGAGAGCUACAGAUUAGCUUAUGAUGAUAACUGAAACAUCCAGCAAUUUGCAUCAGAUCACUUUAAAGCAAUUAGAAAUAGGACUUGGUUAACCGCCAGGCAGCUGCUGAGGAUGGGGGCUGGCAACCAUGUCCUGGGCAAUGGCUGUGCUUGUAUCACACUGGCUCUUCCAUGGGCCCGUGGCCUCAGCUGUUUGGCAGAGUCCCAUUUCCACAUUAUGUUUGUGGAGAAGGCUGUGAGAUAACAUCUGGCUCCUGGCAUGGCUUGACACAACUGCUUCUAGCCAGCUGUCGGAGAGAACGUUUCAUUGUGAAUUCCUGCCCCAAGGCACUCACAGUGCUGUGGAAAUUCACCACCUUCCAAAUUUACUUUCUCCUGCUUCAAUAAACACCACGAGCAAAAGCAACUUGGACAGGAAAGGGUUUAUUUUUCUGACAGACCUUGGUAGUCCACCACAGAGAGAAGUCAGGGCAGGAACCGAGGCAGAGGCCUGGAGGAAUGCUGCUUCCUGGCCUGCCCAGCCUGCUUUAUAUUAACCCCGGCCAUCAACCUAGGAGUGACAUUGCCUACAGUAGGCUGGGCUCCCUCCUAGCAACCAUUACUCCACAAAACAGCCACCAGACUUGCCUGCAGGCUGCGCUGAUGGGGCGUAUUCUCAACCGAGGUUCCCUCUUUCCAGACCCUCGCUUGUAUCAAGUUGACACAGCAGUUACGACGCGCACCUCCUAGCUUCUUCAUCACAAAGAAGGUCGUGUACAUUUGCUUUUAUUGGAAAAAAAAGUGUCCAUGACCUUUCAGAUGUCAGAACAAUUUUGAACAUUCAAAGAGCUUUAUUUUUCUAAUUAUAAAGGCAAUACAGAUGUAGGAAAAUUCAGGAUGUCUGUUAAAGUUAUAAAGGAAAGCAGAAAUUACCUUUGAGUCCACAACCCCGAAAGAAUUAGUGUUGUGACAGUUUUCACUGUGUUCUUCCUAUCUUGCCCAUGUAUUUCUGUAUUCAUGUGUGUACAAAAAUGGGAGUGUGCAUCAUGAUUUCAGCUUUACAUGUUAAUUGCAGACCUGCCUUUGAACUAGCUGUUUAAUAUUUUAUUGUGUGGGGGCAUAACUUAUAACUAGGUUUCUCUCUUACACAUUUCCAGUUUUCUGGUAAAUUAUUAUGAUAUGCAUUUUAAAGUUAUUUUGCAUGAAAAUGGGUAAAAAAGACAAAUUGAACUUGGAUUUAUAUAAAUUUGGUGUGUUAACCUCAUUAAAGUACCUUUAUU